AUGAGACAGCAACUAAAAGGCUUGCUUCCCAAGAGGUCGCAGGGUCGAAUCUCACAAAAGCUAAAUGUUCCAAACCUUGGGCCACUAGAGGUUUACUUGGUCAUUGACUUCAGGACCACAAGAUUAGUCGAGGAGCCAUAUACAAAUAAGAACUCUACCGCAAUCCCCCUCAACGACUCUCAAAAGGAAAAUGCAAUGAUCCUAUGUCGAACCACCGAGCUCGAGGUCGAACCGGACGAGACGAUUCUGUCCAAGGCACUGGACUCUGGACUUGAUGUGCCGCAUGACUGUAAGCUUGGGGUGUGCAUGACUUGUCCGGCCAAGCUGCUGAGUGGGUCCGUUGAUCAGAGCGAGGGGAUGCUGAGUGAUGAUGUUGUGGAGAGAGGGUAUGCUUUGUUGUGCGUGUCGUAUCCGAAAUCGGAUUGUAAGGUUAGGAUUAUUCCGGAGGAGGAGCUGUGGUCGUCGUUGCAGUUGGCAACUGCUAAUGACCGAUGA